AUUUAGAUUUUAGAUCUAGAAUCUAGAGUUAGAAUUAGUCUAGCUAGGUGAGGUCUAGAUCACUAGACUAGAGUCUAGAGUAGUAGACUAGUAGAUGAUAAUAUAUUUAAAAUAUUAUUGAUAGAUCCGAACAUCCACUGGCACUGAUGAUCUGAUCCAGAUCAAAUUCAAAUAAUUGAAAUAUGGAUCCUUCAGAAGUAGAAUUUCUUGCUGAAAGAGAGCUUGUCAAAGUAAUACCCAAUUUUACUCACGAUAAAAUAUAUUUAAUCAGUGGAGACGUUGGUCCAUUCAGUGCUGGUCUCCCAUUGCCUGUCCCUUUAUGGCUUGCUGUGAAUUUAAAGCAAAGACAAAAAUGCAGAUUUGUUGCUCCAGAUUGGAUGGAUAUAGAUGUACUGAAAGAAAAAAAGCAAGAAGAAGCAGACAGCAGAUUUUUCACUCCAAUGCCAAGUCCACAUUAUAUGGAAAUCACACAACUUUUGCUGCAAUGGGGAACAGAUGACAUACCAAAAGCAGAUGAAAUUAGGACUUUGGUGAAAGAUAUAUGGGAUCUGAGAAUAGCAAAACUCAGAAGCAGUAUUGAUGUGUUUGUCAAAAGUGGGGAAUCACAUGCCAAACUGAACUAUCUGACAUUAAUGGAGAUCAAUACGGUUCGUCUGUUUCUCACUAAAGCUCUCAAUCACAUGCACCAGCUCAAGUCAGUCACUUCAAGAGACACAACAAACUCAAAUUCUCAAGCUUUUUAGGAUUUUGGCUGCAUGAAUCUUACAAGACUUCAUGCCCUAAAGAAUGAUUUGACACAUUGGGGGUUGUUAGUGACAAUGAUUAUUAAUUAAAAUUGGUUUGCAUUAGAUGGCAUUGACAUUUUGAUGGAGAACAAUUGUAGGGAUCUACUUGGUGCCUGAGAUCCAGACAAGAUGGUGUGGUUGCAUGUGUUCCUGAUCAAUGUGAUCUUACUUGGUAAACAAUAAAAUGUUGUUUGUAUGAAGUUAACAAAGGCACUGUAAGACCGCAGUCAACCAAUAUUUGUUACAGGCCAAUAAAAUCUUUUUGUAAAUUACAUUUAUUGUACACUUUAUAGCGUAUUUUACUAAUAUCCCUGAAGACUACAACUGAGGGGCAGAACAUGUUUUGGCAUGUUGAAGAACUAUGGAGGUGAGAAAGCAUAUGUAUUUUAUCCUGACAUGGGCUGCAACUGAAGUUUAAAAGAAGAAUGUGUAAUUGUGAUGGAAUAAAUCAUAUCAAGGGAGUUUACCCAUAAACCGGUUCUGUGGUAGGAGAAAAGCAAGCUAUUAUCUUUAAGUGUCUCAAAUUUAGGGACCAAAGUUUGGGGGAGAGCACAUUAUAUUGAAGUCCUUUGGGUCAUGCCAUUAGAGAAUUUAAACAAAAAAGGGUUAAACUUCAGUAUACUAGUUUUUUCAAUGUACUAAAGCUAGUUUCUAAAAUCAAAGCUCUUAUUGAUCACAGAAUUCUCCCACUUAUCUAAGAAAUAUUAAUUCUAAAAUUACCAUAUGCUGUUCAGACCUUGUCAUCGAUAGAGCUGGUGGUGUAAAGGUCAUCUGUUUCUUAGGCUGACCAUUAAUGAGGGAGUCAUGUGGCCAGCACUAAGACCACAUGCAUUUCCCAAACUAAUGUCAGGGAUCCAUUAGAGUUGGGUGGACUCAAAGAGGGGGGGGGGGGUUCCUAAAAAUCCAGUAAUUCAAAUUCCCAGCCUUCACAGACCCCUCAGUUUGUAAGCUAAGUGUUUUACUGCUCUGCCACCACAUAUUGUAUAGUACCAUUUUAUUUCAGUUUUUUUAUUUGUAUCAGGUCUUUUAGUAACUGUUUCAUAAAUUGUAUCAUUACUGAAGGAGGCUAACAUUUUUGUUAAUAUUUCAAAUGAGUUCAUAAACUAAAUAAUACAAAUAAUGCUAUUUAUUUAUUGUGUUAAUAUUUUCAAAAUUUAGCCAUUCAAAUUUUUUAAAAUAAUCUCUAAAUCUUCACAAAUUGGAAGUUUGUUCCCCACCCCCUCCCCAAUGCUGCUUUUCUGAUGAACAACACCCAUGCUGUGCACCAAUUGGGUAGUUUUAUGUAGAUUUUGUUAAAAUGGUGCACUAUUUGAUUAUAUAUUUUGGAGUUAUGAGAAGCUUAUAUCAUUAUAACUCAAUGUUUUUUUUAAAUUUUUUCCCUACAGUAAUUUAUCAUUUUAUCAUGCAUACUUUUGAAAUAGUUUGUGUACUUCAAUGUAUUAAUGGUGUGUAUUCCAGUUAAAUGUGUUUUUCUUUUCAUCUUGUACAAUACUUCCUCAAAUACAAAUGUACAGAGAGAAUGAAUACAAUGCAGAAAUUGUGUAA